AUGUCAUUACACCGUGUGGUUCUUCUGACAGUACACACGGAGAGCAGGGAAGUUGAAAUAUUUUGGCGCUUUUUGUCAAACCUUUGUCACACUUUUUGAUUGUGACACUUACACGGAGAGAUAUUGUACCAUUUAAGGCAACAGUGAAAUGUCGUUCAUUCAGAAUCAGAAUCUGAGCAGACAGUGACAUCGUGCUACAUUAAAUGAACCUGACCACCAUUUCAUGUCUGCUGUUACGAUCAGUUUCACGCAGUAGACAUCGGAGCUCAUGUAUUCCGUCACCUUCACGGCUUUACACUGGGGGAUUCUCAAAAGCUACAGUGGAGCUCUCCAAAGCCCAACUAUGGAAAUUAAAAAUUCAAGAAGAGCGUUUUAAAAGAAGAUUGCAAUCAGUUCAUGAGAGGUUUGCUAAUGCACCAGAGAAUGCAGAGUUCCAGGGACACUCUCAUGUAUACUUGGAAGAUGGAAAAGGGAUCUACAGAACGGCCCUGGGACAUGGUGAGCAGGAGAUGGUGGAUGUGUUUAAGGCUGAUUGGGGAGGAGAUGGAUAUGGAACCAUCCAAAGGGUCAGACUCUCUCCCACAGAGAGCACGCUGGCAGCCACUGUAAAGAAAGAUCACCACGAGGAGACCAGAUGUGUAUUGGUCCAAAUAGGGGGUGUCACCCCUCCUCAAAAAGCCCUUUUGGUUUUAGACAAUGUGUUCAGCUUUGAAUGGGCCACGGAUGAUGUCCUGUUCUACAGCACACAGGAAGCUCUUCAGAGCUUGCGUGUUUUCCGUCUUUAUUUCAGUGAGACUGGUGUCCAAACAAACCUUGUUUAUGAAGAAAAAGAUCCAGAGUUCUUCGUGGAGGUCAGUCGUUCCAGAGACCAGAGGCUGGUGACAAUUAACUGCAACAGUAAGAGCAGUUCUGAGGUGUGGUUUAUUGAUAGCAAGGCUCCAAUCUCAUUCCCCACCCUCAUCCAGUCCCGUCAGCCUGGUCUACUCUACCACGUGGAGCACUCUGACAACCACCUGCUCAUCCUUGCUAACACUGGCCCAGGCCAGGAGUACCAGCUGCUCAGGGCACCUCUAACCUUUCCGGCCAUGCCACACUGGGUGCCCUUAUUCAGUGCUGUUCCAGGAACGGUCUUUAAAGAUAUGGAGUUGCUUCAAGACCAUUUUGUGUUCACAGUGAAGGAUUCACAGUGCCAACUUCAAAUCCAGACUUUUACUUCAAAAGCGCCUCAUCAUUUACACACUCUCCAGCUUCCCCACUGGGCCUGUGAUCUAGCACCACAGCAUGUUGGGACUGUGGACAGAGGGUCAUUUGGUUUCCUCCUCUCCUCUCCAGUGCACCCACCUGUACGCUACCUCUUCUCCCCCAGAGAACUGCAGCUUUCCGUAACAGAGGAGGACACCCAGUAUAUCUCCCUGCUGGAGUGUAACACUACACGCCUGCAGGCAGCCAGUCAGGAUGGUACAAUGGUGCCUUUGACUCUCCUCCACAUGCCUGCAUUAGCUGAUCUUAGUAAGGCUCCGUUGCUUCUGCAUGUAUAUGGAGCCUAUGGUGUUGACCUCAACAUGACAUUCAGUGCUGAGAAGAGACUGCUGCUGGAGGACGGCUGGGCUCUGGCCUACUGCCACGUCAGGGGUGGUGGUGAGCGUGGACUAGCAUGGCAUAGGGCAGGCUCUGUGCUGCAGAAGCAGAGGGGAGUGGAGGAUCUUGCUGCUUGCAUUCAGACUCUUCAUCACUUGGGAGUGUCUAAGCCUGCGCUAACUGCACUCACAGCUCGCAGUGCUGGUGCUGUCCUAGCGGGGGCGCUGUGCAAUCAAAACCCUCAGCUUGUCAGAGCUGUAAUUUUACAGGCACCUUUUCUAGAUGUACUUGGCACUAUGCAAGAUCCAUCUCUGCCACUUACUAUAGAGGAGAGGGGGGAAUGGGGAGACCCCCUUGUAAGCCCAGAACACAGGGACAACAUUGCCUGCUACUGCCCAUGUCACAACAUUAUACCACAGCUUUAUCCAUCCUUGCUGAUCACAGCAUACUCGGAGGACCGCAGAGUUCCUUUAUCAGGAGUGCUGAAGUAUGUGGAAAGACUGAGGAAGGCCAUCCGAACGUAUACCGCUGGUGUCAGUGUUAAUGCACAUGUCCCUGCUAUCAUUCUGGACAUGCAGCCAGGGGGUGAUCACUUUGGCCCAGAGGAUUUUCAGCUAUCCUUGAAUGAGAGUGCCCGACAGUUGGCCUUUCUUUACACAGAACUUGGACUAGACCACCAAAAAUCUCAACGUAGACAAAAGGGAAGGUCAAAUGAUCCGACUUGCAAGUCCCAUUAACCCCAAAACUGAAACAGAGGGUCUUUAUUUGUGCUGAAUCAACCAGAUAAAAAAA